ACAGCUACCUAAACUUCCAAUAUUAUUCUAUAUUCUAGCAUAAAAUUUGUAAAUUGAAUUUUAUUUCACUCUGAUUAUACAGUCUUUAUACCUAGUGUAUAUAAUAAAUAUAGAGACCUAAAAAAGAUAGAUAAAAAAGAUAAAAAGUGAUAGAAAUAAAAACUAGAAAGAAUUUCGUUUUUUGUUUUGACAAACUGGUUUGAAACUACCUGACCUGAUAAAAGAUGAGUUUUCGAAAGAUUUCUUUAAGUAUAUCAUGAAAUUAAUAAACGCUUUUUAAUAAAGAGUUACUAACAUUCCGACAAAAAAUACGGAGCAUUGACAAUUCAUUUCCAUUGAAAUGUUAGCUGAUAAUUAGUGGUACAGUUUUUCAUAAUAUAGAUAAGAUAAAAUUGAAGCUAAAGGCGACUAUUUUUAACUUGUAUAAGUGAAUUACAAGUGUAGUAUAUUUUAUGUUAAUUUUAUUUUAACAUUUCAAAUAUGGAAAAGGAAGAUAUGUCUACCGAAGAGCAAGAUAUCAAGCCCAUUUUUCCUGUUAUGACAGAAAAUGCCACCUUAUCCGCUAGUGAAAGUCCUAAAAAAUGGUCUCCGGGUUUACAGGACACUAGCAGAAAAAGUGCAUUUUUGCCAUAUAAAGUUUAUACAGGUAACACAGUAUUGACAAACCUGCAACGUGGUAAUACACUUGCAGAAAAUGUUCUAUCAGAAGAAACAGAAGUAGAUUUUCAUAUGAAAGCUGGUCAAGGUGAAUUAUGUGAACAAGAUAUACUUAAAGAAGGUGAUGUGGAUGUUAAAGAUAGCAACAAUUUAACUGCUCUUCAUUGGGCUAGCUUCUAUGGUCAAUUACAUACUGUACAACUUUUAGUAAAACAUGGAGCACAAGUUAAUAUAUUAGGAUCAGAAGAAGAAUCCCCAUUAAUUUUAGCUGCAUCUGGCGGUCAUCAUGAUAUUGUAGCAUUUUUAAUUAGUCAUGGAGCUGAUGUAAAUCACGUGGACCAUAUGUGUAAUUCUGCUUUAAUGUAUGCUGCAAAAGGUAAUCAUCCACAUACUUGCCAAGAACUUAUUUUAAAUGGGAUAAACAUUUCUCUAAUUAAUUUAAAUGAAGAUAGUGCUCAUUCUAUAGCAGUAGCAAAUAACAGUACAUUGGCUCAAACUGUGAUAGAAAAUUUUUUAAUUUUACAAGUAGAAUCAGGCGCAACUUCGUCGAAAAAAAGUGUAGGAACUGUUGCAGAAGAAAAAGGUUGAGAACUGUGACUUUAUCAGUAAAAAUUGGGACCUGAAUUUUGUUUGAAAUAGAUUUGAAAAAAAAACUAUAUUACUGCGAAAUAGAAAGUAAUAUGAAAUACUCAUAUAUUUUUAAUAAAUGAUUUUUUUUAAUUAAAA